AUGGAACAGAACAAGGACGAUCCCGACAUCUACUACCACCGCGCCCAACUCCACUUCAUCCUGGGCGAGUUCCCCGAAGCGGCGAAGGAUUACCAGAAAUCUAUCGACCUCGAUAAGGACUUCAUCUUCUCCCACAUCCAGCUCGGCGUGACACAAUACAAGAUGAGCUCCAUCGCCUCUUCCAUGGCCACCUUCCGCCGAUGCAUAAAGAACUUCGACAAGGUGCCGGACGUGUACAACUACUACGGCGAGCUGUUGCUCGACCAGCAGAAGUUCCAGGAGGCGAUUGAGAAGUUCGACACUGCGGUCGACAUGGAAAAGCAGACGAAGCCGCUGGGCAUGAACGUGCUGCCGAUCAUCAACAAGGCGCUGGCGCUGUUCCAGUGGAAGCAGGAUUUCGACGAGGCGGAGAAGCUGUGCCAGAAGGCUUUGAUCAUCGACCCCGAGUGCGACAUCGCCGUCGCAACUAUGGCACAGCUCCUGCUCCAGCAGGGUAAGGUUCCGGAGGCGCUCAAGUACUUCGAGCGCGCAGCAGAGCUGUCGAGAACCGAGGGCGAGAUCGUCAACGCGCUCUCAUACGCUGAGGCCACGAGGACACAGCUUGAGGUGCAAGAGAAAUACCCGCAGCUGGCCAGCCGGCUUCAACAUAUGGGCGCAGGCAUCGGCGCCGCUCCUCCAAUGAGAUAA